GUUUAUUUCCGGAAGUGAAUUGUUGUGAGUGUCAGACUUUCCAAAAGGGCUAAUAAACCUGAAACCCCAGCGCUGUGAGGAAAAGGUGUGACCUCAGCCGAGCCACAGGAUGGCACAUUGGUUUCACAGAAACCCACUGAAGGCAACAGCGCCUGUUUCCUUUAACUUCUACGGAGUGGCCGGGAGCCCUGCUGCCAACAAGAUAUGCAACGACCUGAGGACAACCAGGGCACGACUCCUGGAAAUGUUCACUGAUCUCACCUGCAACCCAGAGAUCAUGAAAAAUGCCACAGAUGCUUACUUCUCCCUCCUACAAGGCUUCAUCAUAUCCUUGGAUGGAAGUACACAGGAGAACAAGAUGAGGUUCAUCCAGAACUUCAAGUGGACUGACACCUUACAAGGAAACACACCAAGUGCCCAGCAGGAUGCAGUGUUUGAACUGGUCUCUAUGGCCUUCAACGUGGCCAUCUGGUACACCAAGUUUGCCUCAAGACUAGCUGGGAAGGAAAACAUAACAGAGGCUGAAGCGAAAGAUGUUCACCGGAGCCUGAAGGUUGCUGCCGGGAUUUUCAAAAAUCUGAAGGAGGUCCACAUCCCUCGCCUCAUCACCCCAGCCGAGAAGGGCAGAGACCUGGAGCCCAGAGUGAUUGAUGCAUAUAUCAUCCAGUGCCAAGCAGAGGCACAAGAAGUGACAAUUGCCAGAGCGAUCGAACUCAAGCAUAAUGCCACACUCAUUGCAGCUUUGGCCUUUGAGACCGCAAACUUCUAUCAAAAAGCAGACCACACACUGAACACCCUGGAGCCAGAGUGCAGCAGCAAAUGGAGGAAGUAUCUUCAGCUGAAGCAGCACUUUUACAUGGCCUAUGCAUACUGCUAUCAUGGACAGACUCUGCUGGCCAGUGACAAGUGCGGCGAGGCCAUAAGAUCUCUCCAAGAAGCAGAAAAGUGUUACUCCCGUGCCGAGGCCUUGUGCAAGGAGUAUCGUCAGACCAAAGGCCCGGGGAGUACAGCCAAACCGUCAGAGCAGCUUUUCUUCCUCAAGCUUGGCGGUCUCAUCAAAAACACCCUGGAGAAGUGCCAGAGAGAGAACGGCUUCAUAUACUUCCACAAGGUCCCAGCUGAGCCACCCCAGCUGGAGUUGAAGGCGAGCUACGGUCUGGCUGAGCCUGUAGCCUUCGAGCUGCCGGCCCUCAGCGAGCAGUGCACACCUGAAGUCUAUGCCACCUUUGACCUGACCAAGGGGGCCAAAAAUGACAAGGCCAAACCCAAACAGGAGGAGGAAGUGAAACCGGUCAAGGAGCCAGAUUUGAAGCCUCAAAAGGACACAGGCUGCGUCAUCUCCUAAAUUUCCUGUGGAUGUCAUUUUCCAGUCUCAUGCUUCAUUAUCACCUAUCAUAGUGAUGGCAUCCGUUUCCUUUCCAUGAAAAGUAAACUUCCACAGGCAAAUGUCAUUUUUUUUUUGUAUUGUUAAUCCAUGGUGUUUUACAUUGAUGCUGGAAAAUACAGUGUAUUUCGCAAUGACAAUAUAUCACCUUAGCGCCAUCAAUCUUUUAUCUUCACAGUAAAGCAAGAGCCAAUGUAUUAUCUUAGAGAGCAAGACAGGAAACAUUUGACAGCUUACCAUAAAACAAACUGCAUCGAUGACAUUGGUGUUCAGAACUGCCUGAAACUGAUUUUUUUUUUUUUUUUUUUAAUGUUAAGGUAAUAUAGUAAGUAAAGUAAUUCAAAAGAUUUUAAAGGAAGGAUGAUUCUGUACAGUAUGGUUAGUAAUUAUAUGUUAGAAGGGUUAUAAUAACUCAGUCAAGUCAGUUCAAGAGGCUAUUUCAAUUAGAAUAUAGAUAAAUGUGUUGUAAGGGUAAACUAGUCCUAUAAAGGUGCCUUGUUGCAUGUAAACCUGCAUAAUGUGGGCUCUUACAGGAGCUAAUCACUCAGUCUCAGGAUUUCCAACCUCUGGCAUUGGAGUGCCCUGGCCUGCCUCUAGAUGCCUCAAAGAUGGAAACUGGCCCACUGAACAAAACAGAAAAUGACUUCUGUAUAUAGACCUGGGCAAAAAAAGUUAAAAUACUGCUAAAAAUGGUUUUAGAUGCACUUGAACUGUCUUUGGGAUAUCCUGUUAGCAUCAGAAAUAGAAAGAAAACCUUAAAUCGUGUAUUAACCAUUAAGCAGAACAUGAUAUGUAACUAUUCAUAGACUGAGAGCUUCUGCAGAAAAUCAUUUUGGACAAAAAAAAGGCCCAUUUGGUAAUUCUGGUGCUGUCAGUGCUGUCAUUAGGUUGGCAUCCUCAAUCAAAGAUGUUUUGUGGCAUGAGUGAACUCAACAUUAAAUUUUUUUUUUUUUUUUUCACUUUCAUUUUAGUCUUUAAGCUUUUAAUUGGUUUAAAAAUUGGUUUCAAAUUGUGAUUUUGUUCUGGACUGCCUCAGAAAACAGGAUGUUCAUGGUGAAAAUGAACUGAAUAGAAAUGUAAAUCAAGACUGUAUGGAUUAUUAAUGAUACAUUGGAUUUGUUUUUUGUUUUUUUUAAUCUGUAGCAUUUAUUAGCACUUUUCUUUUUGAUUGCAUGAUGCAGUUAUUGUAGUUCUUUUUGUACAUGAGGUAGCUGUUUUCUACUUAUACUGUUCAUUUUAGGAAAACUAUAUUAAUGGGCAAGGCUAAUCAUUCUUUCAUAUGAUAGUGGCUAUGUGGGGAUUUUGUAAGACAUCCCUGUUGAUAAUAGCUUUUAAUUUAUUACUAAUGUUUAAUGAUAUUUGAGUAAAGAACUGAGAACACUCAUUGUGACCAUACAGUCUUACACAAACCAAGUCACACAUCUUUGAUAAUUCUGUUUUCUCCCACCAAACUACCUAAGGAGCUGCAUGACACUUUUCUUUGGAAAGCCUCUUAGUUGCAGAGAAAAUGGUUGAUUGAUUUAGGAGUGAAGGCAUAUAUGUGUGGGAUAUGACCGUAUAAUGUGGACGUAAAGACAUAACAGCUCACAGGCCUGUAUUGUGUAGGAAAAAAAGCAUAAUUUUUUAUUUUGUUUUUUUGAAAAAUGAUGUCACAUGCUGCUGAAGAGCUAAUCCAGCUGUUUUCAGAGAGCUCCUCAAGUUGAAAAAUGAAGAAAUCUCAGAAGAAGCGUUAACUGUCAAUCGCUCAGUCAUGUAUAACCUGUAAUGUACUCUUCAUGUGUUUUUGCUUUGAAACAACAUCUAGCCUCCACAGCUCUUGACAAUACAGUUCUGAGAAACGGGACAAACUAAUUUUCUCACUAGUUACUGUAUAAUUUCUGCAUAGCACAAUGAAAUACCUUUGCACUUUAUAUUCAUUUGGACAGGUUUACCAGCAGGGAUCCAGUGGAGGGAGCACUGCACCCACAGUGCUAACAAAACACACUGAUCUUGUGUCAGUUUAAAUUUGAUUAACAUGUUGGUGGUUUUUAUUGACAUGCAAAUAUUGCUGAAUUCGGACCAACGCUAGUUCCUUUUUUCCUUUUACAAGGCACUCGUUUAUCAAUAGGGUGUGCUGAAUCACCAUUACAGUGUACACUCCUGUAGCUCAUGAUUAUUCAUCUAAUGGUGUCCUUCAUGUAAAAUGUAUUUAAAUGGUAUUAAAACUAUCCAUGAAAAAGAGUUUACUAAGUU